AUGUGCCUAUCCAACACCUGGACAUUGCUUCAAUCUUGCGAGGAGCUGGAGGCUUCGACCUCGGAGCUGUCGAGCCGCGAGGAGGCGUCGCAGACGCGGAGCCUGGAGGUCGGCAAGCAGCUUCAGGAGAGCCAGGAGGAGAUCGAGAGGCUCCAGGCGGAGGGGCAGGAACUACGGGAGAUGCUUGAGAAGAUCACGGCGUCGGAGCGCCGCCUGUCGGACACCGUGGCCCAGCUUAGCUGUCAGAUUGAGACUCCGGAAAAGAAGAGGUCGUCCGAGGAGGAGCAUGCGCAGCUGCAGAAGCAGUACGCGGAGCUGCAGGCCGAGUACGAGAAGUGCCUGCGCGUGCUCGACAGCCUGCGCGGGGAAGGAGCUGCCGACAUUCAGCAGCUGCAGCAGUCUAGCCAGCAGCUCCGGCGCGAGCUGGACCAGGCAAAGACGAGCCUGGUCGCCGAGACAGCCGGCAAGGCUGCUGCCGUGGCGCAGCUGGUGCAGGAGAAAGAGUCCGUGGCCAGCUUGCGCAAGUCCUUGGCGGAGCAGCAAAAGCUGGUCGCGCAGAUUGGCGAGCAAAGCGCUGGACUCGCAGGCAAGGUCCAGGAGUUGGAGGGCCAGCUCAAGCACGCGGAGGGCACCAAGCUCGCCGAGCGCGACCACGAGGUCACGCGGCUGAAGUCGCAGUCCGCUGGGCAGGCGCGUGAAAGCGAGGAGCUGCGAAAGCAGCUGAAACAGGCGGUGGAUGAGCAUUACCAGGCGCACGAGAAGGCGAAAGUGUGGCAGCAGCACGUGCAGGACGCGCAGGAUAAGCUUGCGGACCUCACGCUGGAGCUGGAGACGCUGCGGCGCUCGCGGGAGGAUGAGCGCAAGGCAGAAGAGGCCCAGCGGGUAGCUGCCCAGGCGCAGGUGGUCCCUCCGCAAUUGGAGACGCCGGAGGAGCCCGAGGAGGCCCAGGUGCCGAUCGAGCUGUCGGCCGCGGAGGAGCGGCAGAUGCGGGCUCGGCCAGGCGUCAGCCGCUCGGUGAUCGUCCGCCGCUCCGUUGGGCCGGUCCGGAGCGUCUCAGGUGCGCCUUCCCCCGCGAUGGUCGGCUCGCCGGGAGUGCCUCGGCCGGCUGCGUUUAAAUCUAUGGCCAUGCCGAUGUCGCAGACGCAGACGCUGCCUCCAAGAAGCACUGGCAAGGUCACGCUCAUCGGCACCACAACUACCUAUGGCAACUACUCGUUCUUUACCCCUGCCCAGGCCGCGCCCUUCCGCCCCAAUCCCCUGCGCCUGGUUUUCCUCCUGCUGCUGCUGCUGCUGCUGCUGCUGCUGCUGCUGCUGCUGCCGCCGCCGCCGCCUCUGCUGCCGUUGUUUUGCUUGGCUUUGCUAGGUCGGCAACGUCCGGCGCAUCCGCUGACCGAACGGGACGUCUGGAUUUUGGACCUUUGUGAAAUCAGCGAAGUGAUCUACAACCAUCGGCUUUUAAACUCCGACUCCUAG